CGUGCUGCAAUCCGCCCCCGGGUCUCCCGCACCCACGCACACAUAGAGCAAAAGACUAUCAUUAACAAUGCGGUCCUCCGAGGGAGAGCAGUAGCCAGGGACAACAGGCAACUAAUAACAACCCAGAGACAGAAAACAAGCAAAACAAACAAAAAUUAUUACAAUAUAAAAAGAAUUAUUUUAUAAUUUUGCAGUUGCCGAAACCAAACAGCAGUCCGGGAAAGAUACGAAGAUUAAUCGAAAGUUUCUUUAAGUUCUUUUGCCAGUUAAACACCUGGUUACUGAUUUCUACGGUGAGAAAGGGUGCAAGGAGCAGUAGCCUGUUACUACAGGGAUGUAUAUACCAGCUAGUCAACUAACUGGAUGUAUUGGAAGUAAGCAAACUCCAUACCCACUGGGAUUCCCUUGAAUUUUCGUCUUUUUUAUUGUUUGCUACUCGUCGCAUCGUUUGCGUCCAGUUUCAGCGAAACUACCCCGGCUGUCCUGCCAGCUGGAUACCGCUUCUUAGCAGACGACUCGGAUCUUCAGUUAAUUUCUGCUCAAGGAACCGUAGCCGGUCCACCGAGGUCACCAUGUCCCUUCCCCGCACACUGGGAGAGCUGCAGUUAUACCGAGUGCUUCAGCGCGCCAACCUCCUGGCCUACUACGACACUUUCAUCCAGCAGGGUGGCGACGAUGUCCAGCAGCUGUGCGAGGCCGGGGAGGAGGAGUUCUUGGAGAUCAUGGCACUGGUGGGCAUGGCCACGAAGCCACUGCACGUGAGACGCCUACAGAAGGCCCUGCGUGACUGGGCUGCCAACCCAACGGUCUUCAACCAGCCCCUGGCCAGCGUGCCGUUGAACAGCAUCCCGCUGUUUAAGAUUGAAGCCACAGGUGGGGUGGCAGGUGUGACUGGGAAGUCUCUGAGCAAUGGCCAGCCGGGAUCUCCCUGUGAGAGGGAGGAGCGAGCUUCCCUGACUCCGCUGCACAGUUGCAGCCCGAAGAGCCCCUGUUCCCAAGCCUCCCCACAGCCUCAGGAUGGCAUCUACCGGGACAAGCUGUCACCCAUGGACCCUCACUGGCUAAGCCCCGAUCCGGAAAAGAAUGGCGCCGGAGGGUCGGGGGUGGAUGAUGACCAGCCCAGCCCGCCCCUCCCCCCACCGGCCACCUCUGCUUCCUCUUCGACGUCCAUCUCCGCCUGGCCCGGUGGCCAGCUGGACACAGAGACGGCACGGGCGGUAGCUGAGAGCGUGGACAGGCUGUUGCGUACCGUGCCCAAGGCCGACCCGGGGGAGGUGAGGGCUCUGCUCAAGCUGAAUAAGAAGCUUGCAAAGACCGUCGGCCACAUCUACAAGCUGGAGCCGCACGAUCCCGCCAAGGAGGAAGAGAUUCGCAAAUACAGCCUCAUCUAUGGGCGCUUUGACUCCAAGCGCAGAGAGGGCAAGCAGCUCACGCACCAUGAGAUGAUCAUCAACGAGGCUGCGGCCCAGUUCUGCAUCCGUGACAACGCCUUGCUGCUGAGACGCGUCGAGCUCUUCUCAUUGGCCAGGCAGGUGGCCCGGGAGUGCGCCUACACCUCCACACUCAAGAAUGCCAGGACGAACACUGAUGAUGGAGCACUGCUACCACCAAAGAGGAUCAAGCAAGAGGUGGUGGUUUCAGAGUGUGUCUCCUCCUCUCAUGACAUUUCCGAGGGCUCUGCGGCCGGCUCCGACAGCGGGCACCAGGAGGUGCUGAGGUCAGGGCCUGAUGAUGACAGCCUCUCGGGAGAAAGUGUGGAUGGCAUGCCGCAAGGCCUGGGCUCAUCGCCCUGCCCCAACAUCGAUGGCGGCGCCCCACCCACGUGGAGCCGCAACCUCAUGCAGCAGACGCUGAUGGACGAAGGCCUACGGCUGGCCAGGAUGGUGUCGCACGGCCACGGGGGCAAGAGGCUGAAGACAAGAUAUGCGACAAGAAGAGCUCCGCCAAGCCCCGCAGACGCAGCAGCUCUUGCAGCACCAAAGACGACUCCGACCACAGUGGAAAAUAAAAAGUCCGCUGCCCAUAUUCAUUGCCAGGUCUUAGCUUCACCCCCCCUGCCCAGCCAUCCAUACCCUCUACCCCGAAUCCCCUCCCUUCCAGCAAUAAGAUCUCUAGCCCUGUCAAAGCCAACAAGCAUCCCAGUCUACCAUAGGGACAGGAGCCUGCAGAAAUCCCACUCAGGCCUGGGCUGAGCUGAGAUCGCCUCAUCUAGCUUCUUUUAAUUAUGUUCCACCUUUGGUGCUACUCCUUUGUUUCCGUUCUCUUUGAUGUGUGUCACUGAAAAUGUAACAGAAUGAUUACAGCAGAGGGAUUUUAAUUUUGGGAAAUGUUACAGGGCUGGGAAGAUCUGGGAUUAUUUUGGCAUUUUUAACCUACAGCCUAAGACCUAUUUCGGACAUCAUGUUUUUAAUUUUUUGGACAAUGUAGGCCUUAUGCAACUAAUCUUGUGUGCGUAUUAUUGUAGUUGUAGUCCACUUGGCAAGCCGCUGGCCUGCUCUUUAGAUAUUAUGUAGAUGGACCACACUUCAUCAGACUCUUAAUCUUGAUCUCUUAGCUGUUAUAUGGUUUUCUUCCAUUGUAUUAUCCUGCAUUAGGUAGAGAUUUGAGGGGCAAGUCCCUCAAAUUGGAUGUUGUUUCUGGUCAUUUGAAACUAGUAAUUGUGUUUCGCAAAAAAAAGCAACAAAAACCCUGUAAUCCUGAUAAUAUUGUAGUAUGAGUUUAAGAAAGGAAAAAACAGACAUAAAGCCCCCCAUCACGCUGAUGACGGGCAUAUGUGGGUGGAAAAGUGGUGUCAAGCUGUCAGACCAAAGGAACUAAGGGGGUCUUUUUGAAAAUUUUCCAUCCCCAUGUUCAGCACUGGAACUAAUAGUUUCCUUUAAAGGAUGAGAUGUAGGUUAAACACCUGUGAUUAUGGUUAUUAAUACACUUCACCUAUUGUGUUACGAGCACGGCCGCUCGCUGGAACCAGAACGGAGGGGGACAUGGAAACGCUAAAGCCGCUUUGAUUGAUAGCGCAUGAGUAGAAAGACACGCCCACACAUUCUCUCAGGUUCUUUGUUUGUAAAUUAGUGUCGAACUGAACACUACGGUGUUGGGUGCGUGCUUUGGGACAAGGUCAAUUUGUGUCAGGAUACCAGACCCAAACCAUUCAAUGUGUGUUACUGUUACACGUGUAGCAACCAAGCUCAGGGGGACAGAGACGGAGGGAGCUUGGUUCUGUAAAAUUUGCUCUACAUCCUCUAUGGAUCUCCUGCCAUAGUAGCUACAGUAAUUGUAAUUGAGUUAAUGUAACAUGUAAUGGCUAACGGGGAAACUCCAUACAGACGCACAGAAAUUGAAGCCUAAGAUAAUGGCGACAGAUUAUGGGAGACCUGCCCUCAGAACCAGACAUGUAUGAUUAAUGUUAUUGUCCUAAAGUUAUACCCUCUUCCUCACAAGUAUUAACCAACCUCUUGCUUUUAUUAUGUUGUACAGUAGAUUAUUUAUUUUGUUAAUUUUCAAUAAAGGUUUAUUUUAUUGUUUA